AUGUUCAGAGCAGGGUCGGCAUUUUUGCGCAUCGCAGCAGCCUCGCCGACAGCAGCUUCAUCAUCGCUGCUCACCCAGGCUUCAUCGACAAGCUUGCGAGCGGCGGCGCCUCUGCGAAGCUUUACUUCCUGGCAGCCAUUGCGCCAAGAUGGCAACCAGCGACCACCAGCCAGCCCGUUGAGCGAUGCAGCGUCGCCAUCGGAACCUACUGAAGAGAAAGCUACUGCUGCUGCCUCUCAAGCUGGGUCAUCCUCGUCAGCAUCGUCAGCUUCCCUCCCAGGCAGCCAAAGCGGGAGCUCCUCCAGUCCCUGGGACAACGUCCAAGCAGCCCUCUCCCCCUCUUCCUCUUCUAGCCCAUCCUCACAGCGAGGCCCAUACUCGUCGCCUUACUCCGAUCCUUCCGCCCCAUCCUACACCUCCUCUCCUGAGUCUGUCCUUGAGCGCCAAGAGCAAGCCUGGGCCUCACGCCGCCUCCACCAAUGGACGCCGCAAAUUGUCACACCCUCUACAGGCCGUACCGUAGUCGUCAACAACAACUUUGAGCGCUCCUUUGCCCGCCUGAGGGGCAUCCUGAGUCGCAACAGUGUCUUUCAUGAGCUGAAGCGUAGGGAGCGGUAUGAGAAGCCGAACCAGGAGAGGAGGAGGAAGAUGAGUGAGCGCCAUAGGAGGAGGUUCGCCGACAUGAUCAGGCAGAAGGUCCGAUUGGUCAUGGAGCUCAAGAACCGCGGUGGAUGA